AUGUCGUACAGUUACUCACUACACGCGUCCUACUCAUGGACCAAAAAGUCGGGUUUUUAUCUCGACGCUAAAGCGCUCAGACUUAUCUACAAAACCAAAUACUUGAAAAGCUUGCUUCGUAACCUCAGGCGUCGACUAGAGGUCAACACACGCCAUCUCGACAAAAUAAACUUCUACAGCACAAAAGCCAAACUCGGCUGGUUCGGAUCGUUACGUCGGCGAUUGGAUGAGAAGUUCGAUCACAAGAAACAACGCGAGCGACAGAUUGAUCAGAUACGCAAAAAACUCCUGGAAGUCCAGAUUCCUUUGGAUAGGGAAUCAAUUGCCAGCAAAGAGGCGAGGCUAGCGAAGCUUCGGGCAGAGUUUGAAACGAGGAUCCGGUGGGAGAGCAAGGAGGCUCAGCAGCAUUAUCGGAAAUGGCUUUGCGAUAAGAAGAGACGACAAGACGAGAAGAAUGACUGGAAGAUUAAGCAGAAAAGGAGAGAUAGGGAAAGGUGGGAGGGGAAGUGGCAGAAGUUUCUGUUGAGCAAGAAAUCCAAGAAAGAGGUUUCUGGGGGACAUCCUGAACUGUGGGGUUCUUUUCUUUUUUGA